CAGAUCAUCACUUUUCCUGCGCGUUGUGCACAUGCGCCACGGCUGCUUUCCCUCCUUCCUCCACUUCCAGUAGGCUAUACGGUCCCGGGUGCCGCCGCCGCCGCGGAGUCAGUAAGUUCAAGAUGGCUGCCGCGGAGACCCAGGCGCUGCGGGAGCAGCCGGAGAUGGAAGAUGCUGAUAAUUCUGAAAAGAGUGUAAAUGAAGAAAAUGGAGAAGUAUCAGAAGACCAAUCCCAAAAUAAACAUAGCCGUCACAAAAAAAAGAAACAUAAACACAGAAGUAAACACAAGAAACAUAAACAUUCCUCAGAAGAAGACAAGGAUAAAAAACAUAAACAUAAGCAUAAACAUAAGAAACACAAAAGAAAAGAAAUGAUUGAUGCUUCUGACAAAGAAGGUAUGUCUCCAGCAAAAAGAGCUAAACUUGAUGAUUUAGCUUUGCUAGAAGACUUGGAGAAGCAGAGGGCCUUGAUUAAAGCGGAACUUGAUAACGAGCUCAUGGAAGGAAAGGUCCAGUCUGGGAUGGGCCUCAUUUUACAAGGUUAUGAGUCUGGCUCUGAAGAAGAAGGGGAGAUUCAUGAAAAAGCAAGAAAUGGAAAUAGGUCCAGUACCAGAUCCUCAAGUACAAAGGGGAAACUCGAAGUUGUGGACAAUAAAAAUAGUACAAAAAAACGAAGUAAAAGCAGAUCCAAAGAACGGACUAGACAUAGGUCGGAUAAAAAGAAAAGUAAGGGAGGUACUGAAAUAGUUAAAGAGAAAACAACGAGGAGCAAGUCAAAGGAGAGGAAGAAGUCCAAAAGUCCAUCCAAAAGAAGUAAGUCCCAAGACCAAGCAAGAAAAUCAAAGUCCCCUGUCCUUAGGAGGCGGUCUCAGGAGAAAAUUGGCAAGGCCAGAUCUCCUACUGAUGAGAAAGUUAAAAUUGAAGAUAAAAGUAAGACAAAAGAUAGGAAAAAAUCCCCAAUUAUAAAUGAAAGUAGAAGUCGAGAUCGAGGUAAAAAAUCUAGAUCCCCAAUUGACUUACAAGGUAAAUCCAAAGACAGAAGGUCACGGUCCAAAGAGAGAAAAUCCAAAAGGUCUGAAGUUGAUAAGGAAAAGAAGCCUAUUAAGUCUCCCUCUAAGGAUGCUUCCUCUGGGAAAGAAAAUAGGUCACCCAGUAGAAGACCUGGUCGUAGUCCUAAGAGAAGGAGUCUGUCUCCUAAACAACGAGAUAAGUCAAGGAGAAGUAGGUCUCCACUGUUGAACGAUAGAAGAUCUAAGCAGAGCAAAUCACCUUCUCGAACUCUCUCUCCGGGUAGAAGAGCCAAGAGCCGAUCUUUAGACAGAAAACGUAGGGAGCCAGAGAGAAGACGACUUUCUUCUCCAAGGACACGCCCUCGAGAUGACCUCCUCAGCAGGCGGGAGCGGUCCAAGGACACCAGCCCCAUCAACAGGUGGUCUCCAACUAGAAGAAGAAGUCGGUCUCCCAUCCGAAGGCGGUCUCGCUCUCCAAUCAGGCGCAGCCGGUCUCCCCGGAGGAGAAGCAGGUCUCCUCGGAGAAGAGACAGAGGCCGCAGGAGCAGAUCACGCUUGAGAAGAAGGUCUCGAUCACGCGGGGGUCGCAGGCGAAGGAGCAGAAGCAAAGUAAAGGAAGACAAAUUCAAAGGAAGUCUUUCGGAAGGAAUGAAAGUUGAGCAAGAGUCUUCAUCUGAUGAUAACCUCGAAGAUUUUGAUGUAGAGGAAGAGGAUGAAGAAGCACUAAUAGAACAGAGAAGAAUACAGAGGCAAGCAAUUGUUCAGAAAUAUAAGUACCUGGCUGAAGACAGCAAUAUGUCUGUGCCGUCGGAACCCAGCAGCCCCCAGAGCAGCACUCGAACACGGUCGCCCUCUCCGGAUGACAUCCUAGAGCGGGUGGCCGCCGACGUUAAAGAGUACGAACGGGAAAACGUUGACACAUUUGAGGCCUCAGUAAAAGCCAAGCAUAAUCUCAUGACAGUUGAACAGAAUAAUGGUUCUCAGAAGAAACUGUUGGCUCCUGAUAUGUUUACAGAAUCUGAUGAUAUGUUUGCUGCGUAUUUUGAUAGUGCUCGUCUGCGGGCUGCUGGCAUUGGAAAAGAUUUCAAAGAGAAUCCCAAUCUCCGAGAUAACUGGACUGAUGCAGAAGGCUAUUAUCGUGUGAACAUAGGUGAAGUCCUAGAUAAGCGUUACAAUGUGUAUGGCUACACUGGGCAAGGGGUCUUCAGCAAUGUUGUGCGAGCCAGAGAUAACGCACGAGCCAACCAAGAAGUGGCUGUGAAGAUCAUCAGGAACAAUGAGCUCAUGCAAAAGACUGGUUUAAAAGAACUGGAGUUCUUGAAAAAACUUAACGAUGCUGAUCCUGAUGACAAAUUUCAUUGUCUGCGCCUCUUCAGACACUUUUAUCACAAGCAACAUCUCUGUCUCGUGUUUGAGCCUCUCAGUAUGAAUUUACGAGAGGUAUUAAAAAAGUAUGGUAAAGACGUUGGUCUUCAUAUUAAAGCUGUAAGAUCGUACAGUCAGCAGCUAUUCCUGGCAUUGAAACUCCUGAAAAGAUGCAACAUCCUGCACGCAGAUAUCAAGCCGGACAAUAUCCUGGUUAAUGAAUCAAAAACGAUACUAAAGCUGUGUGAUUUUGGGUCAGCCUCACACGUUGCGGAUAAUGACAUAACACCUUACCUUGUCAGUAGAUUUUAUCGGGCGCCUGAGAUCAUUAUAGGUAAAAGCUAUGACUAUGGUAUAGACAUGUGGUCUGUAGGGUGUACCUUAUAUGAGCUCUAUACAGGAAAAAUUUUGUUUCCUGGUAAAACCAAUAACCACAUGUUGAAGCUUGCCAUGGAUCUCAAAGGAAAGAUGCCAAAUAAGAUGAUUCGGAAAGGUGUAUUUAAAGAUCAGCAUUUUGAUCAAAAUCUCAACUUCAUGUACAUAGAAGUUGAUAAAGUAACAGAGAGGGAGAAAGUUACUGUCAUGAGCACCAUUAAUCCAACUAAGGACCUAUUGGCUGACUUGAUUGGGUGCCAGCGACUUCCUGAAGACCAACGUAAAAAAGUACACCAGCUAAAGGACUUGUUGGACCAGAUCCUAAUGUUGGACCCAGCUAAACGAAUUAGCAUCAACCAGGCCCUACAGCAUGCAUUCAUCCAGGAAAAAAUUUAAACGAGAUGAAGAAACUCCAAGGGUUUGAGUAAUUAAAUACAAAGACUGAAGAAAUUUCACAGCAGUUUAUUAUUAAUGUAUAUAAACUUAUAAAUAUUUCUCCAGCAAAUUUGAGGAAGCAUGAUAUAUUUGAAUUAACACCGAGGGUGAUAAUUUCUUUUAGAAAUGUUAGUUAAUCUGUUUUGUGUCUUAUGUGAAGUUUCACUGUAGAACUGUUUUAAUUGCCAAGACUGCACAGAAUUACAGUGCUAAUGUAUAUGGUUGCAGUUCACAUAAAAGACAAAAACAUCUGUUUCAAAAUGAGUAGUGAUACCGGGUGGUUGAUUCACUUUUAGCAGACUUGGCUUCAUUUUGGUCUUCGGAUGAAAUGGCCAGCAUAAAUGCUGUUUAUAUUCACAUUUCCUAGGUGUGUGUGUGCAGGCCACAGCAGCAUGCCCUGGGUGUAGUCAGAGCCUGCCUGCAGGGAUGUCUCCUCUUUUACAGCAGGGUGUGUACAACAUUCAGUACACUGAAGGCAUAAACCUUCCACUCUUGAACAAAGCAGCUGCUUUUUAAAAGCG